AUGCGUGAUCGUCCACCCGACGCCCUCGACGUCGCCGUCGCCCUGCUCAAGAAGCGCGACGGCGUGGACAAGGUCCUUAAGCUCUUUCGCUACGCCACCAUCUUCGCCGUGAGCGAGGCGAAACGAAUGUCUCGAACCGCGAAGGAUUCUUCUGGCGCCGAGUCUGUAACCGUCACCGAGUUCAUUCGCGCCGGGACCGCGCUCGAACGCUCGAUCGGGAGCGCGCGACGGGUCUAUCGCGUCGGUAAGUUUCUUGGGAACGCGCAGGACCUGAGAGAUGCGAUCGCGGAGGCGGAGGCGAGUGGAAAACGUGGAUACGGGAGGUUUCUGAACGCGGCGUGCGCGUGCGCGGCGUUGGAGGGCGCGUAUUACUUCUUGGAGCAAGGCGUGUGGCUGUCGCGAGCGGGAGUGGUGAUGCGCGAGCGAACGACGUUAGAGCGGUUGAUUCGAUGGAGCGCGCGGGCUGAAGUUGCGUCGUACGUGUUUUCCAUCGCGUGCGCUUUGGAGGAGUAUCGGGACGCGCUCGCGGAGGAAAAGGACGCGAGAGACGGGCUCGUCGCCGCGACGUCGAGGACGCUCGCGAUCGGAGUCAAGAGCGAAGGUGAUAUCGAUGAUUUACAAGCACGUUUGGCGGGCGCUCUGAAGGCGAAGCGCGGGGCUAUUCGAUCGAUAUGCACGGACGCGGCGGAUGCGACGUUGUCCGUGGAGGACGCGGUGGACGUCGAGGGGUUCGAAAUCACCAACGAACGCUUCGUGAACGUCUUAGGACUCCUCACCGCGGUCUUGGACUUUAGUAGUAAGCUCGAGGACGCGGUGGAUUCGUUCAAUUAG